UUAGUCACGAUUUGAUUGGAAAGAAAGACGGUCAUGGAUACCACAGAUUUUUCGCUCGCAUUUGGCAAGAAGAACAAGCACAAGAAAGAUAAAGCGGAUGCAACGCUCGAGGCCAAAACGCCCACAUCUGAGGCAGAUCUCAAGCGUACAAUUGUCUCCCGGCCAACCAGGGAUGACACCUACGAGAAUUGUGCUCGCAUCGGCAUCGCCAUAAUACUCAAUCACAAGGAUGUCAAGGGGCAGAAACAGCGCACGGGCACCGAACGGGAUCGCGAUGAUAUUCAGAAAUCACUGCUAGGUUACGGAUUCGAUGUGCGUCCCUACAACGAUCUGACCUUUGCCGAAAUAACCGAUUUGCUCAAGGAGGUGGCUCGCGAGGAUCACAGUCAAAAUGAUUGCUUUGUGCUUGUUCUCAUGUCGCAUGGCGCCGAGGGUAAGGUCUAUGCCAAGGACAUGGCGUAUCCUGUGGAGCGCCUGUGGAAUCCCUUUCUGGGCGACAGCUGCAAAACGCUGGUGAACAAACCGAAGCUGUUCUUCUUGCAAGCCUGUCGCGGCGAGUUGUUGGAGAAGGCUGUAGAGUUUUCCGCCUUUGCGGUCAUGACCAGAGAACUGGAGCCACCAGCUGCUACAAUGGCACAGCCUGUGACCUAUGCCAUACCCAGCACAGCGGACAUGCUCGUGUUUUACUCCACCUUUGACAAGUACUUCUCGUUUCGCAAUGUGGAGGAAGGCUCCUGGUUCAUACAGAGCCUGUGUCGGGUGCUCGAUUCAACGGCCAACUUUGAGGCCCUGCAGUCCGAAGGCAUUGAUCUAUUGCGUAUGCUGACCGAGGUCAAUCGGAGGGUGGCCUACGAGUAUCAGUCGAAUACAAAGAACGAGGCACUCAACCAAAUGAAGGAAAUGCCCAACUUUAUGUCUACCCUAACGAAAACAUUUCAGUUGCGCGUGAAGCGAAAGACCUAAAUGACAAUUGUUGAGUCAGCCAGCAAAGUGUGCAGUGCAACGAUUAUAAAUUCCAUAUACAUAUAUAUAUAUAUAUAUAUAUA